UUGGGAUAUUGUAUAUUGUGUUGUAGUCAAUCAAGUCUGUUAAAAAAAAUAGUAAGUGGGAAAUGCGCAAAUGUCCGUCAUAUCCGGAUAGGUUUUGGGGUGCACUCGUUUGUAAACUGCGUUACCUGAGUGAGCGGGGCUCGUCCGACGAAGGGAGUUUUUUUAAGCACCGCUCGUGCGGUAUGUGCGGUAGAAUAACAUUUAACGCUUAAUCGCUUAACUGAAGGCGGGAUGGCGAAAAGUUGAAGCUGAACUUUUCGUUGCAACUAUUGCUCGAAUUGCGGCGUAGGCGGUAAAUAAACAUCUGCAGGUUUCGCCAAAUAUCAGUUCCAUCUUGGGGAAAUUUCCCAAGUAGGCGCCGUUUAGUUUUGGCUUUUGGUUAAAUCAAGAGGCGGCCUGGCCACUUGCUAAGCUAGCCGUCAACGUUUUCUUUGACUUGUAGAAUGGCGACGAGAAAACCAAACAACAUGUUUGCUGAUGUCAGUCUCCCCUUCGCCGCCUUGCAGCGGCUGGCUCCGCCCGUGCGCUUGCUGUCCGCCGCCUUCUGGAAGGUGAUGAAGCAGCGGGACGUGGCGCAGUACGGCGUCCUGGAGGAGUUUGUGUCGUCCACGUGCGAGAUGGUGUCGGGCUUGCUCACCUUGAGGCACCAGGUCAAGCUCACAUUGGGGCUUAGAUCCCGGCUCAUCUUGGAGCUUCUGCGCACCCCCCAACCUGAUGCGAGGGUCAUCAAGACGCACCUGAGAAGGAUCUACGCUGCUUCCACCCCGUCGACGUCUUCGGCUCCAACUGUGAAGAUGGACGUCAAGGUGGAAAAAUCAGUGGCGAAUUUCCACACGUUGGUGCACGAGCUGCUCACCGACCCGGCCGCCAAAGAGGAGUUCUUCCAGGAGGAGUUCCCUCACGACUACGGUCCUUUGUUCGACCAGGCGUUGGAGAAGCUGCUGUGGGAGUUUCUCAUUCGUUUGGAUCAACUGCUCCCAGUGCCCAGCCUUUCUCAGACGGUGUCCUGGCUGAGCGAAACCCCCGCCGUUUUGGAAGAGUGCGCCCGAGCGGCCACCCAGCCCCAGCUCCUGAAGAUUUUGCUCGACCAUCAAACCUGUCUCGGGCAUCUCGAACCCGCAGCAUCCCUCCCUCCAAACAUGGGAGACUCCAUCUUGGCGUCCCUCUCUUUACCCCUCUCCGGAAAAGCAUCCUCAAAUCCGCAACAAGACCCUGCCGCGUCCUCUUCCGGGGAUCAACCCGCGCGGAGACAAGAAAAAACGCCCGCCGUCGCGAUCGGGCCAAUAACCGACGACACGCCGGCAGUGAAAAAGGCCGAACAAGAUGGUGGCCGGAUGACAAGGUUGUCGGCGACGAGGAGCCGCCACGCAAAGCGCAAGCAAGCAGACGGCGUCGAGGAGGAAACGCCGACCUCCAAGAAUCCUUGCCCCCUUACGGCCGCCUGUCUGCGCCGCCGAGCCAGAGUCGUCAUCCGAAAACUGCCCCGCUCCGAGCUCCUUAGAGCGGGAACGACGUCCAACGGGCCCGGGCGCUGCCGGCCUCAAACGGCUCUCCGCAUGGAAGUCCGCAGCUUAGACAAUAAAGAGUAAGAAACCAGUAAUGAUGUGUAUAUAUAAAUUUAAAAAAGUCAAGUCCCCACUCGCGGUUCACAGAUUCACCUCUUCACGUUUCUUUUUAACCCGUUGUUCGUCUUUUGGGUUUUUUCUGAAUUGCCGCCGCCUGCUUAAAUAGGAAAGUAGUACAGCUGGUCCGGUUGAAGUGAUACAUCUCAACUGAGAGACGAGCUUUGUAUUUGUAUGCCGAGGAGGAGCUAAGCUCGGCCGAGGUUGUU